CAGAUGUCCAAUGGCAGCUCCAUCACCUACUUCCUCCUCCUGCCAUUCGCAGACACACGGGAGCUGCAGCUCUGGCACUUCUGGCUCUUCCUGGGCAUCUCCCUGGCUGCACUCCUGGGCAACGGCCUCAUCAUCACCACCACAGCCUGUGACCAGCACCUCCACACCCCCAUGUACUUCUUCCUGCUCAACCUCUCCCUCCUGGACGUGGGCUGCAUCUCCACCACUGUCCCCAAAUCCAUGGCCAAUUCCCUCUGGAACACCAGGGCCAUCUCUUACUUGGGAUGUGCUGCACAGGUCUUUCUGUUCAUCUUUUUCAGUUCAGCAGAGUUUUAUCUUCUCACUGUCAUGUCCUACGACCGCUACGUGGCCAUCUGCAAGCCCCUGCACUACGGAACCCUCCUGAGCAGCAGAGCUUGUGUCCUCAUGGCAGCAGCUGCCUGGGGCACUGGGUUUCUCUAUGCUCUGCUGCACACAGCCAAUACAUUCUCACUACCCCUCUGCCAAGGCAGUGCUGUGGAGCAGUUCUUCUGUGAAAUCCCCCAGAUCCUCAAGCUCUCCUGCUUAGACUCCUACCUCAGGGAAGUUGGAAUUAUUGGGUUUUCUGCUUUUCUAUUUUUUGUGUGUUUUGUUUUCAUUGUGGGGUCCUAUGUACAGCUCUUCAGGGCCGUGCUGAGGAUCCCGUCUGAGCAGGGGCGCCACAAAGCCUUUUCCACAUGCUUCCCUCACCUGGCCAUUGUCUCCCUGUUUGUCAGCACUGCAGCAUUUGCCCACCUAAAGCCCCCCUCCAUCUCCUCCCCAUCCAUGGAUCUGGUGGUGGCAGUGCUGUACUCGGUGGUGCCUCCAGCAGUGAACCCCCUCAUCUACAGCCUGAGGAACCAGGAGCUCAGAGAUGCUGUGAUGAAGGUGGUGACUGGCUGUAUUUCAUCAGCCGUACACUGCGUGCUUUCCUUUGCAAAGGGCUCCCAGUGUAGGUCGUGAGAGGCCAUGUCUGUCUUUCCUGCUUUACAAUUGUUUUCCUUUUUCUGCUUGUGAUGAUGAUGUCUUCAAACACAUGUCAUUUUUCAUCCCCUCUGCCCAUUUUGUGUGACCCAUGGACUUUGUGUCAAUGGGGAUCUCUCAUUGUAUUUGAGUAAAAUUAAUGAUCCUGCAGCAACUUCUUCUCUGUGAUGUGUCCUCACAUGGCAGGAAUGAAGGGGAAUGAAAUCAGCUUUCUGGCUGCUCCAGCUCUGGGAUGGCUGCUCUGUACCUGGAGCAGGAA